GCCCCGCGCCGGUCCCGCCCCACAGCCGGCGGCCCAGCCGGCUCCAUAUGAGGUGGCUGCUGCGGAAGUGGCUCCUGGGGAAACCAGCGAUCUUCACGCCGCAGGCGGGCCGGAGGCCCUGCCGGCAGGGGCCGCCCAUCCGUCCGACAACUCUUCUGGGAGCAGUCGAGUGCUACAGCGCCCACCCACAGGGCCGCUCCGGCCGGUGGCGCGCAUCCCUCUCGGUGGGCGGGCCCGCGCCCCCGGGUGCGCGCGGUAAGGCUGGGCAGGCGCCGCCAUGAUGAACAGCGGCGGGAUCGGGGUGCCGCUGGGCUUCCCCCUGGGCCCCACGUCCGUCAUCCAGGUCACCAACCUCUCCUCGGCCGUGACCAGUGAGCAGAUGCGGACGCUCUUCGGCUUCCUGGGAGAUAUCGAGGAACUGCGUCUCUAUCCCCCGGACAACGCACCUCUUGCUUUUUCCUCCAAAGUAUGUUAUAUUAAGUUUCGUGAAGCAUCGAGUGUUGGUGUGGCCCAGCAUCUAACUAACACGGUUUUUAUUGACAGAGCUUUGAUAGUUGUGCCCUGCGCAGAAGGUAAAAUCCCAGAUGAAGCCAAAGCCCUCUCUCUGUUGGCGCCUGCUCCUACUAUGACAAGUCUGAUGCCUGGUGCAGGGUUGCUUCCUAUACCUACACCAACCCCCUUGACUACACUUGGUGUUUCACUUGGUACUUUGGGGGCUAUACCAGCAGCAGCAUUGGAUCCUAACAUUACAGCACUGGGAGAAAUACCACAACCACCAAUUAUGGGAAAUGUAGAUCCAUCCAAAAUUGAUGAAAUCAGGAGAACAGUCUAUGUGGGAAACUUGAAUUCCCAGACUACAACAGCAGAUCAGCUACUUGAAUUCUUUAAGCAAGUUGGAGAAGUCAAAUUUGUGCGAAUGGCAGGUGAUGAGACACAACCAACACGAUUUGCUUUUGUGGAAUUUGCAGACCAAAAUUCUGUACCUCGAGCCCUUGCCUUUAAUGGAGUUAUGUUUGGAGACCGGCCGCUGAAGAUAAAUCACUCCAAUAAUGCAAUAGUGAAGCCUCCUGAAAUGACGCCACAAGCUGCUGCUAAGGAGCUAGAAGAAGUGAUGAAGAGAGUAAGGGAAGCUCAGUCUUUUAUAUCUGCUGCUAUUGAGCCAGAGUCUGGAAAGAGCAGUGAAAGAAAAGGCGGUCGAUCUCGUUCCCAUUCUCGUUCAGAAUCCAGGUCUAGCUCAAAAUCCCGAUCUAGGAGGAAAAGAUCACACUCGAAACACAGAAGCAGGUCUGGCAACAGAUCUCUCUCAAGACAUAAGGACAGACGCAGAUCCAGAAGUCCCCUGAAAAAACGAUCUAGGUCUACAGAAAGACGGAAAUCCAGAAGUCGCUCUCGUUCUCGGGACAAGAAAAGAGACAAAGAAAAGAUCAAGGAAAAAGAAAAGGCCAAAGAAAAAGAGAAAGACAGAGACCGAGACAAGGAGAAGGAUAGGGAUCGAGACAAAGACAGGGAAAGAGAGCGAGAUAAAGAGAGAAAUAGGGAGAAGGACAAGGAGAGAGAUAAAGAGCGAAGCAAAGAUAGAGAGAGAGCGCGAGACAAAGACAGGGACAAGGAUAAAGAUAGGGACAGGGAAAAGGAAAAAGAUAAGGAAAAAGACAAGGAAGAGGUAGAUCAGAGCAAAGAAAAAGAAGAUACUGAGAAAGAAGGAGAGAAGGACAGAGAGAAAAUUAAGGACAAGGAGGGAGAUAAGGACAAAGGAGGGGACAAAGAAAAGGACAGAGACAAAGAAAAGGAAAAAGAUGGGGAUAAGGAGAAGGAGCGAGAAAAAGAGAGAGAUGAUAAAAAGAAGAAAGAUAAGAGAUCCAGAACUCCCCCAAGAAGCUAUAGCUCUUCAAGAAGAUCUCGUAGCUCCAGCAGAGAAAGGCGUAAAAGGAAGAGCAGAAGUCCCUCCAAAUCUCCUAAAACAUCCAAAACAGCAAAAAGAAAGUCUUCACGAACUCCUUCUCCAAGAAGAAACAAGAAAGAAAAAAAAAGAGAAAGAGAUACAAAUAAUGAAAGAAGAGAAAGAGAACGCUCCACUUCCAAGAAAAAAAGUAGUAAAGAAAAAGAAGGAAAGGAGAAAUCUGACAAAAGCACCACUGCUUUAAAGGACAAAGAUAAUAAAGAAGAUCAGAAUUCAGAAACUGACAAGGAAGUAGACAAUAGAGAUACACAAAGGACAGAUGAAGUCAAGCUACAGCAGAAUGGGAACUGUCAACCAAAUGAAGAAAACCUCUCAAUUAAAAUGGAAGAGGUUUAAAACAAAGAAUGGACUUCUAAUUCAACUAAGGAAUGAAAUCCAAAGCGUUUUAUUUCCCAAAAUGAGGAAGAAAGUGUCAAAGCAAUCAACCUGAACGUGUUGAUAGUACUAGUAGCUCCUCCAAUUCUUGUGAUAGCUUUGUUGUCUUCUUGCUGUAAAGCAAGAGAAACACAGACCAGUAGUUAAUACCAUGAAAAGGCAGAUGCCAUCAGAACUAUUCAUCUCUGAAAAUCCAUGCAUUUCCACGAUGGCUGUGCUUGUAAAAUUAUUUGUGUUAAGUUUUGCUAUAAGCUGUUACAAAUAAGUAGAAAUGAAAGAUGUAAACCUGUACUUCCCAAAAAAAAAGCUGAAGAUAUGCAUUGAAGGUUGUUUAUUAUACUGCUUGUUGAUGACUUUUGUAUUGUUUUGCCCUGUAGGUUAAAAGAUCCACAGAAACUUUAAUGUGUGCUGUUUGAUGUGCUUGAAAAUGGUGCAUAAAUAUACACACUUUCUUUCCUUGUAGAUGACAACUGUAGGGAAAGGGGAUUUAAACUUAAAUACAGUUUUACUGUUCUUAUGUUAAAUACUGACAGAUUAGUAUGUUUUUCAUUUGCUCACUGCUUGAGAUUCUUAGGGUUUAUUAUUUAAAAUAAUUUCUUACUAAUAUCCCUCAAAUUAAUAUUUCUUUUCAAGUAUUUGAAUAAUGCAUGCGCUUUUUCUGUUCCUAGAAGGAACAUUGCCAUGUUAUAGAUGUUAGGUUAGCUUACAGGGUUAUUUUGGAGUUGUUUUGUUUAGUUGUUUUCUUUGUCCUUAGAGAAGUGAGCACAUCUAUAUGAGAUACCAGAACUUACAGCUUUGUUUUGCAAUGUACUGCAGUGUGUCUGUUCAGCUGAAAAUAGUACAGGUGCCAUUAAGAAAACAAUUUUUUCCGUUUUUGUUAAAAAAAUAUGGGAGCACAAGCAGAAGCUUUAGUGCCUUCUUAAAAUGCGGUAUUUUCUAGAAAUGUAUGUGUGCUGUUACACAUUUUCAGUUAAAUCUUGUAUGAUCUCUCUUGCUACUUUGCCGCCACCAUACUGUAGACAAAAAUGCAAGUGAUUUGCCAGAAUGGUUGUUUGAUUCACUUGUUAAAAUAGUGAAGCUCCAUUUUGCUUUUAUUUUUUAUUCUUAGAAGAGAUUUAUAAAUAAGAGAAAAGAUGUAAUUUGGGGACCACCACUGUACAAAGUAGUAGCUGAAUACAGAGUGUGCUCUAAUCACCUGCAUCAAAGAAAGCCCUUAAGACAUUUAAUAUACAUUUGGAUGGCCUUAAUUGUUACCUCUCUUCUUUUCUCUGAUACCUGUUGGGCAAUGUAAUAAGAAUGGCAUGCAAAGAAAUGGGGGAUAAAUAAUUUGAGGAAGAAAGUUCUAAUUUACAUAGGGCUUACACAGUAGAGAUUCUUUUUUCAUUUUUUGAGGAGAAAGCAUUCAAGAAUAGAACAACGAGUAUUUUUGUCAUGGCAAAACGUGGCUUCUGUUUUCUGAAGUAAUUUAAUUGGUUACAUGAGAUUUCUGAUAAGUUACACUUUUAGGAUAUAAUUAUACUUAAAAUCGCAUAGAUUAUUUUUACUACAACUUAAUGCAAUCAAAUUACUUUAUUGCCUUACCUCAUGGGAAGUGUUAUUUCUUUCAGUUAAAAUAAAAAACUAAGUGUAUUGGCUAUUUGCUUUCUACUUGUUUUACUUUUCCUCUGCGUAGUUAAUUUUUUCAGUGGACGGGAAGCAUAUUACAGAGAAUGAAAACUUUGCCCAACUCCUAAGGUGAUGAAAUUCAAUUUGAUUGUGAAGCUGCUUAAUCACUCCUCAUUUUCUAUAAGAUUUAAUCUUCUUGCCACUGUGUACAUUUAAGACAACAGAAAAUGCUUUACCAUGUAAAGUAUAGAACAGCCAUUUUUGCGAUGUUUAAGCCACAUGCUGUUGGCUGGUAAACGGCUAAUUCUGAUAAAAGAAUAAAAAAUCUGUAUGCUUACAAGAAGACUGUGAAAGAUUGUGUCUUGCAACAACAGCUGUCUUAUUUAUGAUGUGUAAGUAGCAUAGAGCAAAGAGAUUGUUUGUAUACUUGUUAUCUUUGGUACCAUUUCACUAAUAAAAUAAGUAUUUUAGAGGGAUGUUUCUGCUGGUACAUGCUUAUUAAAGGAAUAUUUUUAGACCAUCUGAUCUUAUUCAUAGAGCUGCUUUCAUUUGAAAUGUGGAUAUUAGUGAAAACAUACAUGUAUUAUUUAUGUUUUCUUUGAAAAACUGAAUUUCUCUGUUGAGAAGAGCUGAAGUUCUUUCAGUGUAUCGUGUUUUAGCUGGUAUUAGAUUGGUUUCUUGAGUUUUGUUAUCCUGAAAUAGCAUAGCUCUAUGAUAUAUCAGUUAUAAAACAUGUAAAGGAUUGUGUACAUUUAAAGAAACAUGCUUUUGGAAGUUAUUAGUUGUUGAUGGCAGCUUUAACUUGCUAGCUAGCUUAUCACAUGUGUGAGGCUAUAUGCGGCACGUUGUUAUAUUGUAUGUUAAUUAUGGUUCCCUUACAUAAAGUGUCUUGGGGUUUUGGGGGGUUUUGUUUGGUUGGUUUUGUUGGUUGGUUUUUGUUAAGGAAACAAAUCAACCAAAGCAACCAGCCGCUAAAUACACGCAUUUCCUCCCCUCCUCAAGUCAUUUUCUUGCAAAUACUGUGUCUCUGGUUUUGUUUUAUAAAGACUGUGCAGAUCUGUGAGGUAGUUAGGAUCUAUUUCUUCUUACUGGGUGUUCCUAAAAAGCCACUUCUGGAGAACUAUUACUCUAUAAUAUGCUAAUCUCUGCAGAGGGUAGCUCACUUAUAAACUGGUACCAAAGCAUAGUAAUGGAGUUCCAGCCUGCUCCUACAUGACUGACUGCGUCAUCCACUGACUCUGUCCAUCUUCCAUGGGAAGUCCAUUGCCUUCAUCAUUAGCAAGCUUGUGUGCUGAGCUGCUGUGUCAGAUCAGGUUUUGCACUUUGUGAGUGGGGUUAACUUGGGUAGAUGUUUUGAGAACAGUGUAGUUCGUGAUAACUGUGUUGUUUUACAUGUAGUUUCAUCUGAAUCAGCACUUACUUGAAAAUGUGAAUUGCUCAGAAGAGUGAUUAUGCGUUGUCACUUGUUAAGAUCACAUAAAGCAUAUAAACAUGAGCUUCCAUUAGUGCCCAUAGCCAUUUCCCAGGAGAGUUCUGGACAGCAGACAGGAUUUUUCUUUGCAUUCUGAAAGAAGGUAGCAGAACGGCUUGGUGGAUCAAACAUGAUGUCAAGCUCAAAAUAGAGGUGACUGUGACUUACAUGAUUUCAUCAAAGUCAAUGGAUUUACACAGGUGUGAGGCAUGGGAUUUUGUUUGCAAAUACCAAUAGUAGUAGGGUAUGUAAAGAAUUCUUAGUUUUCAUGUGUUGGAGUUUGAAUUAGGGACUAUAAAAGCACUUGAUUAGAAACUAGAAAUAUCUGAAGAAUACUUGGGAAAUGGGUCAGAUAUUUUUGCCUAUUCAGUAAUCACCUGCUAUUUUUUGAUGGCAGUUUCAGAUAGAUACAUCUGAACUAGGCUUAUAUUAGUGGACUGAUAGCAAUCUAUGCACAGCUUGGAUUCUAGCAUGGGCUGUGUACCCUCCAGUUCCAUUUAUGGUGCUGGUAUCCCAAAGGCUUAUCGCUUUCUGACAAGUGACAGCAAAGUAGCAUUCCUUUCAUCCAUGUAUCACUCACACAGUAAUAAUACUGUGCAAUAUUAGAGAAUCAUAAAAUAUUUUAGGUUUGGAAGGGCCCUUAAAGAUCAUCCAGUUCCACCCGCCCCUGCCAUGGGCAGAGACACCUCACACUAGACCCGGUCCUAAUCCAACCUGGCUGGGAUUGUGGCAUCCACAUAUUUAACUAAGUUAACAGUUAGAUUUGAAUGUAGCAUGCUUUACAUUGCUUGCUAGGGUUCUCAGGCCCAGUGAAUCUAAGGCAAUAUCUGAAAUUAAGUUGAAACUCUUCGGAUCUGUUACAUAGUAACUUGUCUCUUUUGCCCUUAGCUGGUAUUGUUAUCUUGUAAGAGUUACUAGAUUAGGGAAACACCUGUUCUGUUUUGUUUGUGGUUUUGUUUGGUUUUUUGUUUGUUUUGUCUAAGAAACAGAUAAGUAAAGCCUACCCUGUAUGUUAUAAAUUAUUGUAUACAUAUUGAUUAUUGUAUACAUAUUGUGUUGCCAGUCCUUAUUUAGUUAUUUUUCAUAGAUGAGUAUGACCCUUGCAAACAGUAAUGCUGUAGUGGUAUAUGUAUUGUCUACUUCAAGGUCUGAAGCAUCUCUGCCUCACUUUUGUAGUGAAACGAGAUCAGAGCCCAUAAAUUGUUAGAGAGAAAAAAAAAAGCAGAAUAAUCUUGACUUUUGUAAUUGUUACUGUGAUAAUAGCAUUAUAGUGAUAAAGCAGUCUUAAAGAUGUGAGCUCUGAGUCAUUAUCUAGGGCAUAUGCCACUUGGUACUUUCCAUUUUAUAGCAAUCAGACAUCACUUUUGAUGUUACCAUAAUUUUGCAAGGGAAAAUUUGACUUAAUGGCAUACAUGCUGAAAAAUCUGUAAAUGGCUAAAAUCAUGUCAAUCAAUAGACAGUUCAGAGAGAUGUAGUUUUCUCACCAGUAUCUGGAGUGUGGAGAAUUGAAUAUAUGUAGAUAUCAUUAAGUGUUAGUGCCUAAAGAGAAUUUGAAAUUUAAUUUGUUUGCUAAUACAUAAACAGAAGUUUUCAGCUUGUAGUUUAGCUUUAUUUUUAUAUGCUGAAUAGUAUAAUUAAAAUGAUAUUGAAAACUAAAAGCACUGUAUGAAAGGAUUUUUUUUAAUGUAAGAGAACCACAUUUUCAUCUGUUUAAUUUUAGAGUUUAAAAAUGUCAUGGCAUGCUAGUGUUUAUUUUUCAUUCAGGACUUCCUCAUUUGUAGGCAAGCUGUAUUGCAAGAUGUGAGCACGUUAGCACAAGGGUUUCUUUUGUAUUCUCAUCAAUGUAAUACAGCUUAAUAAACUUCUCAAUAUGUGGAUGCAGCUACUUUCCCUCUAGUUUGAGGAGAUGCAGCUGUUAACACUUCAAUUCUGUGUUGUUUAAGUACAUACUUUAGUUGAGACACUAUCUACCAACUUCAGCUUUUUUGUUUUCUGUGCAUGUGAACUCUUACUAGCCAAAAGGGCAAUUUUUUUUUUAUUGUCAUGGCGAGUCAGUUUUAAAGAUUGUUGAGCUUAAUAGAGGAGAACAUAGACAGCAAAAAGUAGGUUUUUAGCUCUUUGUAUAUUUGGGAAAAUUUCAGCUUACACUUUUUAAUUUUUUUUUAAUUUGUUGCAUUUUUUACAUUCAUCUAUUUUCAAAUUUGAUGUGAGAUCAGUAAGUUUUGGUGUACAAAGUGUAUUCAAAGAUUAUUAUUUUUCCAUUGAAAAGGCUAUAUUUGCCUUUUGCCCUGAAAGGCUUAUCAGCAAUGGUAAAAGAAAAAUUUCAUCUCCCUUUCAUGUAGUUCUUGAUAUCCUUAGUGAGGCUGCCAGUUGACUGGCUUUCUUAGAAGAAGUUGUUGCUCUGUCCUUUCCUUAGUGCAGAGAUUUUGAACUUUAGAAGAUUGUAAAUCAUGGGCCACUUAGAAAUUGCUACUUUGAAAAGCAGUCAUUUACAUAACAAUCAAAGGAAUGACUGAUUUGGCCCAGAAAGAUAAAGAGAGGAAUUUAAUAUUCACAGAUUAUGUAGCCUAUCAGUGGGUCCUUUCUGGUAUUUUCCCAACUGAUAGAGGAACUGUGUCUAAUUUGUUACAUACAUUUUGCACACAGUCUGGAUUCAGGUAUACCUGAGGAAUCUUAAGUACCACAGCAACAAAAAUACUAGUUUCCUUCUCUGUAGGUAUUCUAAGUUUAAUUAGCAGGUAACCAAAUUUAUGCUAUGUUGGUAGAGUAUAUUUUUGCAUUAAUGAAGCAACUAUGGAAAUACACGUGAAGAAAUGUUAAAUGCUAUUACAUUGUUGUUCUUUUCAAAAAUAAACCAUUUUUCAAAAUUC